AUGGUGCUGUCUGCCAACGACAAGACCAACGUCAAGGGCAUCUUCGCCAAAAUCGGCGGCCACUUUCAUAUACAGAAUGAGCUCUUACUACCUUGCUUGAUGUUUGCCACCUACCCCCAGACCAAGACCUACUUCCCCCACUUCGACCUGUCCCACGGCUCAGCUCAGAUCAAGGGUCAUGGCAAGAAGGUGGCAGCUGCACUGGUCGAAGCUGUGAACCACAUUGAUGACAUCGCUGGUGCCCUUUCCAAGCUCAGCGACCUCCACGCCCAGAAACUCCGUGUGGACCCUGUCAACUUCAAACUGCUGGGCCAAUGCUUCCUGGUGGUGGUGGCCACCCGCAUCCCUGCUGCCCUGACCCCGGAGGUCCAUGCUUCCCUGGACAAGUUCCUGUGUGCUGUGGGCACCGUGCUGACUGCCAAGUACCGUUAAGUCGUGUACCGUGGCUAGAGCUGGACCCAACACCCACCAGCCCUCCAACAGUGAGCAGACAAAUGUUCUGAAAUAAAAUCUCUUGCAUUUGUGCUCCA